AAAAUCUAUAGUCUAGCCUUUACAGAUCUAUCAGUAUAUGGAGAGUGAUACAUAUAAUAGAUGGGGAUGGGAUGUCCGUUGUAUAGCGACCAUCUACCAUCUGCGAUAGCUCAGUGUUCCAGUGGAUGGGAUGACGCGUGCUCCGCAUGCUGAUCGUGCCAAUCCGUGUGCUAUAAUAAAUCCAGCAUAAUGCAUUGUGUCGCCGCUGGCCGUCUGCCCGUUGGCCAAGCUAAUCUUCCAGAGAUCCCGACUGUGUUUAUGGGACUAAGAAGUCGUAAAAAAAGCAUUGAAAUGAGCUAGACCACAAUGUGUCACAACCGCCACUGCUGCCGAACUCCACUGCCCAAGGGUAUAAAUAGAGGGAACUGCGUAGAUGGACUGUCCAGUUCUGACUGUGAUUUGAAAUCGAAGCAAGAUGAGUGCCAGCUAUUCCCUGUUCGCCAUUCUAACUUUGCUGAUUGCCUGCUGCCUGGAGUCGAGUGGCGCUCUGUUCUUCAAGUCCUGGAAGUCGGGAAGAGGAUAUGGUGGUUAUGGUGGAGUACAGAACUAUGGGGGCAGUGGCUAUGGCAGCGCGGGCUAUGGAAACUACGGCUAUGGAAACUAUGCUGGCGGAUAUGGUUACAACUAUCCCUCGUAUCCUGCAUAUAACUCCUACUCAGGCUACGCCUCUUACUCUCACCCCAAAGGAGGACGUAAGCCCUCUGGACACCGCCAAGGACGCACUUACAAGGAUAUAGCCAGAGUUAUAAACCCAGUUCCCUACAUCGGUCCUGGAGGCAGUCGUUAUCUGCCCCGUGCUCCCUUUUCGCCCCUUUGGGGUUAAGCAAUGGCCCAUCGGAAGUAGCAUUGUUGCCAGCAGUAUUAAACCAUUAAA